AUGCCUUUAACACCAAGAGAUGGUCAGAGUUCACAGCUCUCUGAAUUUUUUAGUUCUACUUCGCCUAGAAUCAGUAAUGUCAGCGAUGUCUUGCUCUCUGGCACUCAGGAUCUAACUCAGUCUCAGUCUAAGACUAAUGAUCUUUUGUUGAGAUUGAUUGAACAACUAAAGGUAUCCGAUGCUAGAAUGUCUACGUUUAUUGAGAGUCAACAGCGUACUAAUGAUGAAAUUAACGAUAAGCUUAAUCAAUUAAACCGUAUUGCUGAUCAGGUCGAACGUAACUGUCAGCGUAUGACUGAAUUAGAGCGGGAGAGUGCGGCCCUUGCGCGCGAGGUUAGUGAGUUGAAGACAACUCUCUCUGCCCCCUUAGUUCGUGACGAGGAUAGUAAUAGUAACAAAUUAAUUAUUUCUGGUGUCCCAGCGGCAUUGUCGGUUUCGUCUGACGAAUUUGUUAAAAAUGUGUUUCGAGCUCUUGACAUUCCUAAUCUGUUAUGUCAUGUUCUUAAUGUCAGAGCUGUUGUUCGCGGGCCUCUCCUGGCGGUUGCGGGCAGCAAACCUUUGACCCCUUCAGACACAACUUCGCUUAUUGUCACAUUAGCCUCGGCGGCUGUUCGUGAUAUCGUCAUUGCAAAAAAGCGAUCCAAACGUACUCUUACACAGGAAGAGGUAUGCGGCGACAGUUCUGAACGUAAAAUAUACGUCAACGAGCUCUUAUCUAAAGUUGCUUAUGAUCUCUUGCAGCAGACUAAGCGAACUGCCAAGCAAAAAUCGUACAAGUAUGUCUGGGUGAGCAGUGGUCGCAUUUGUGUCAGGCGGGCUGAUGGCGACACAAUUGUUCACAUUGACAAUGCCGCUGAUCUUGCAAAGCUUAUUUGA